GACGGAGCCGAUGGUGCCCAAGAUCAUUGAGUACAACAAGGCCAUCAGCCGCUGCAAGCAGUCCGGUCACUGGCAACGUGCAGUGGCGCUGUUGGAUGAGCUUCGUCGCGAGACCUUGCAGGCCACCGUGGUGACCUAUGGGGCCACCUUGAGCGUCAUGGAGCGCGCCUCCAGGUGGCAAGAUGCGAUGUCACUCCUGCGCGCGGUCCUUCAGUUGCCGUUGCAGCCCAGUCUGAUUCUCUUCAACGCCGCGGUGAGUGCCUGUGCCAAAGGAAAACGCUGGCAGGCUGCGAUGCGGCUGCUUGACCGUCUGGAUGGUGCCAGGCUGCUUCCGGACAUCGUCACCUACAGCUCAGCCAUCUCAUCUGCGGAGAAUUGGCAGCAGGCGCUGGAGUUGCUGCAGGCGGCCUUGAAGCAGACCAUCCAGGUGGAUGUCAUUGUGUUCAAUGCUGCCAUCAGCUCCAUGGAGGGCAGGUGGCAGAUGGCGUUGGCCAUUUUGGACACGAUGGACAUCCACGAGAUUCAGCCAGAUGUCGUCACAGUCAAUGCUGCAAUCUCCGCGUGUGAGAAGGCUACAGAGUGGCCAACUGCUUUGGAGCUGUCCCUCUCCCUGGACAAGCUGCAGCUGGACGCUGAUGUCAUCACUUUCAGCGCCUUGAUCAGCGCCUGCGGGAAGGGAGGCCUUUGGGAAGAUGCCCUGGCCGUUUUGGACACGAUGCCAAAGAGGCGCGCAGCACGCAACUUGAUCGCGACCAGCGCAGCUUUAAGCGCCUGCGGCAUCGCUGGGAAGUGGCGUGAAGCAGUCGUCUUGUUGGAGGAACUGCUGCUCCGGCGCGCCGCGGACGUCAUCGUCUACAGCUCCGCUGUCAGCGCCUGCGAACGAGCGGCAGAGUGGAGGAAGGCUUUGGAGCUGAUUGGAGACAUGGCAUCCAGGAAGUUGGAAGCCGACAUUUUCUCCUACAAUGCCGCGAUCAGCGCCUGCGACAAGGCCGAACGCUGGACAGAGGCCUUGACGCUGUUGGCGGCCGUGCGAAAAACAGCGCUGCCAGUGGAUGUGGUGACCUUAGCAUCCGCCAUGAACGCCUGCAGAAGCGCCAGCGCAUGGCAACAGAGCCUGGCCCUGUUCGAAGACCUGGGGAAGUUCCGGGUGGAGGCCAACACGGUGGUAAUUGGCUCAGCCCUGGGAAGCUGCGCUCGAGGGAGGAAGUGGUCUGCUGCGUUGCAUCUCUUGUCGAAAGCUGAAGCACAGCUGGUUGAACUCAGCAGGGUGGCCUUGAGUGCUGCGGUGAACGCCUGCGAAGUUGGGGGUGCCUGGAGGCAUACCUUGGAGCUUUUGGCCAGGGAUGAGGACCCAGACCUGAUUACGUGUAGCUCCGCGAUGCGCGCCUGCACCUUGGCUCUUCAGUGGAGCCAGGCUUUGAGUCUGCUGCAGGAGUUCCGAGCCAGAGCCAUGGAACAAACUGCUGUUGUCUCGAGUCUUGCAAUCACUGCUUGUGCAACGCAAAGCAAUUGUUUGCAAGCGAUACCACUUUUUGCCUCAUUGGCUGAUAACCUCCUCCCACAUCCUUCCAAAACCAAAAAUAUAUAA